UGCACAUUUAGCGAAAGGGCGCCUGUCUCGAAUGACACAUUUGUCAACAUUAGUUAUAAUCUUUUAUUGGUGAUGCUUGGUGCAGUGAACUACUUACAGAAGGCUGACUAAUCACACAGAUGUUUGAAAUACCAGACGAUGAUGAUAAUUUCUGGGAGGAUUUACCGCUGAAUGACAUCAGUAACGAAAAUGUAACCCCAAUCAAAAUUCCUGAAUCCGAGUUCAAGAAAAACCAACCAUGUAGCUUCAACCAGAAUAAUUUCAACAAAAGAAGAUGUAUUGAACAGCCCCAAGAAAAUCAAGGGAGACAAUUCCCAAACCAAGACAUCACCUCUGGACAAAAUGUGCUGUCUUCAUUAAGAGAUCCUGAUGGAGGACAUAAUGCUUCUAAAAACAACUAUACUUUCCAAGGGAUGCUGAGUGACAGCUUGCGAGGACCUUGCCUGAACAUACCUCCACAGCCGUCCAGAGUCCUGGUCCCCUUCACACAGGAGGUAGCACUGCCCAGGGACCCACUGUUAACCAGACAGAGGACACCGUCCGGCGACACUUCAGUAUCUGAGGCUGAUUUGGGAAGUGGUCAUACCUCACACAGCAACAAUGGGAGGACAUCCAACAAGAGAAAGAGGAAGUUUCCCGGGCCAGCUGGUCUCCUCCCGAGACUUGGUCAAGGUCACACGCUGGACAGUCCAAACGUAUCCAAAGUGAAAGAAGAUGUGGUCAGCCCAGAACAGGUGAUUGAGAAAACAGAUUUGAUCCUGUCUUCCCAGUCUGGAGAGGAGGUUUUCAAUGACCGUCCCUGGCAGACUCUACUGAGGGACCUACAGGACGAUGGACAGGACACACUUCAGCGCUUCUCCCUCGCCUCCAGCCUACAAAAGGCAAAGAAGAAGCAGCUGCCAAGGGGUAAAGUUCUGUUUGUGAUGGCGGUGAUAGAGACACUGGAGUGGCUGGGGAAAGAUGCUAGUGUUACUCUCAAGGACAAGUCAGGUUCUAUCCAGGGCAGUAUACACCAAAGUCUGAUGAAGGAGUAUGAAUGCGACUUGCAGCCUGGCAGCGUGCUGGUCCUGCGACAGGUGAGCGUUAUCAGCCCUACGUCACGAAACCACUACCUAAAUAUCACUCCCGCCAAUGUUGUUUGUGUGUACAGUAAUAAGUCAGAAGGUCUAACUAGACUUCGGUUUGUGGACAAAGAUAAAGCACUGCCCACAGUCCUAAAGGAUCUAGAGAGGGAGAUGAUGGCCGAACUUACCCCACAGAGGCCAGGGACCAACACUGCACAGUCGAGGCUCAAUAUGGGGACACCAGAUAUCAGGAAUCCGCAGGCGAGGCUCAACACGGGGACACCAGAUAUCAGGAAUCCACAGUCGAGGCUCAACAUGGGGACACCAGAUAUCAGGAAUCCACAGUCGAGACUCAACAUGGGGACACCAGAUAUCAGGAAUCAACAAUCGAGGUUCAACAUGGGGACUCCAAAUUUUAGAACUCCACAAUCGAGGCUCAAUAUGGGCACACCAGAUAUCAGGAUUCCACAAUCGAGGUUCAAUAUGGGAACACCAGACAAUAGAACUCCACAAUCGAGAUUCAAUGUAGGUAAUGUUGAAAAUAAUAGUGUGACACCACCAAAGUCUUACCCUGUUGGAGCCAGAACCCCAGGGAUAGGGUUAUCAGGAGUACAAGGGGCGUCGGUAUCAAGGACAGGAUCUUUCACUCCACAAAGAGGACCAGGUCAAAGUGUUAUUCCGGGGAAUAAUGGAGCAAACAUGUCGGGGGUAGGGGUCACAAGAACACCAGUUGGAGUGAGUUUAUCAAAGACUGGACCCUACACUCCACAAAAUGUAACUGACCAGAACUUUACCCCUCAGAGAUAUUCAACGCCUGAUCAUCAACAAAGGACUCCCCAGAGAGGGGCAGCACCUGGUAAUAGGAUUCCUGUGGGAGGGACAACAGCGGGGAAUAGCACUCCACAGGGAGGUUCAGCACCUGGAAAUAGCAUUCCCCAGGGAGGGGCAACACCUGGGUCAGUAACUCCUACCACACCAGGUGUAACUAAUCCCUACAGAUUUAAACCACAAAACCCAGGACAAAAUACUUUCAGACCUGAAAACCAACUUGAAGGUAAUCAGUCAAACUUAAGAAUUUCAGAAGCUAAAUCAACUGUAUUAUCAGGUUAUAAUACACCAAAAUUUCCAAACACUGAAAGGACAUCUUCAGAUGGUGUAGAUGUGUCACCAUCACCUUUAACAAAUAGUCAUGUGACUGGUCGGUGUCGUGUGUCCAGUUCUAGUGCUGUGUCCAUUAGUGCUCAACAUAGUAAAAUAACUACAGGUUGUGCCAGUGUAAACACUAACAGUGACAAUGUUAGUACUACCCGUGUAAGUCCCACUAACACAACAUCAUCAGCUGUUAAUACACCCAACAGAAAAGGAUUCAAGUUCAAGUCAACAAAGUCUCUUACCUCCCCUGACAAUUCUCUGGGUUCAUCUAUGGGACAGAAACCAGGAAGUUUUGCACCAGGUGGCAGCACCAUCAUAGGAUCAGUUCCCAGCAUGCCUGAUUUACUGAAGGAGUCUAAUAAUGGAGUUGAAAGUCUAUGGCAAGAUGACCUGAGUGAUGACCUAUUGUCCCAGUUAUCAGAGGAACUUGUGUAAAAGUCUCAUGACAGAAGAACGUGUGAGGAAUACAUGUAAAAGUCAUGGGUCACACGGAAUGUGGGAAAACUUGUGUAAAAGUCUCAAGUCUUGUGGAACUUUGGGAACUUGUAUAAAACCUUUAUGGCAGAAGAAUUUGGGAGAAAAGAUAUGUAAAAACCUUAUGUCUUGUGGAACUUUUAUAAAACUUUUGUUAACGUCUUGUGUCAGGUAGAACAAUGUCUCUGAAAUGUACACAAAGACUUGUAUCUCCUGUAUAUUGUUACUGUUGGAUAUGAUAAUGAAAUGAUCAUGUAUCAAUUAAAUAAUGAUCAUAUUGACAGAUUCUUGUUGCUUGUGCUUGCCACAUUCAGUCCUAAAUAUGUUGAUAUGUCAAGAAAUGUUCUUAACUAAAAAUUCUUUAGUUUUACACUUCCUCUCCAAUGUACUAGAGUUUGUAUUUCUUCAAAUCAUUCACUGUUUAAUGUCAAAAGAUGAUUUCUAAACUUAAAUUCAUAAAUAUUUUGAGGUUUUGUGAUUUCAGGGCCAGGUAUUUGAUUUAUUUUGAGGUCAAAAAGUCAAACCACCAUGUUAAAAUUGUUCCACACUAUUACUAAGUAAGUGGCAUGUCUGAUUCAAAGACAAGAUGAGCGACAGGCUUGCUACCUAUUUGUAGGUGAAGAAGACUAACUAUUUUGGUUUUACAUGAAGCAGUUUUUAUGUGUAAAAAUAAUAUCCGGUGGUACGAUAUUGCUUAUUAUCUCCUCGCAACGAAAGUUCAAGGGGAUAUAGGAUUCCGCCCUUACGUACAUAUGUUACACUCAUUGUCAUCACUCUAGCGUCUUCAUUCCUCUACGGAAUUUCAUGAAACUUCAUACAAGUGUGUAGUAUUGGUACUAUACCUUAAACAAAUAUGCGUUUCGGAUUUCGACGUUGAAGGUCAAAGCACUAUUACUAUUUCUAGAAAAACUUUGUCAUCGCUCUACCGACUUUAUUUCCUCUUACAUAUGUCACUGUUGUUCUGUCAUAUUACUAAAUAACACCAUUCCCUAGCUGGUUUCUGUGUAGUUAGUCAAGUUUCUUAUUUUGACAUUUCUGAGUAAUUCAAAGGCAACAUUUAAAAUUCAACAAAGUCUGUGUUGACUUAGAUAACAAAUAGGCGAAUGAAAUUACUAACUGUAUUUUUUGUUUAUUUAUCUAAAUUCCAUAAAUCUUCUGUUAUGGUCAAAACUUUUUGUGUUUUAUCAUAUGCCUGUUGUCCGAUGCUGACCUUAUACCCAGUAAACACUGAUACCACCAUUAGUCCCAUGGCUUUGUUAACUUCUCUUUGGCAUGCUCCAUUUGUUGUCAUUCAUCUUGAA